AUGGCGGAGGAUGUAGGCAGGUGGAGGAGACUGCUGAGAACUUCCAGAUGUUUCUGCUUUGGAUGCACUAGCUGCUCGCGGAAGAGUUUCGAUGAAGGAAUCGAGCCCAACACACAGCAGCAACAGCAACCACAGCAUCAAAAAGAGACUUUUGAGGAAGAAACCAUGCAGACCACCACAGACCACAACGACUACAAACUGCCACAACCACAGCUCUUCAGUAACCACAGAUCUACAGAUGUACUUUCAAAAACAGAAACAGCCCAAUUAGGCAUCACAGCAUUUCUCCCUACGGCACUCAAGUAA